UCUUCCUUUGUUUUCACUCAGGGAUUGGCAGUGAUGGUAUUCAGCACUGAUGAAAAUUUGAACAAAGCUGUAGUGUGUGCUGGAGUCCCUAACAACCCUUCAUUGAAAGGUCUGGCAGCGUUGGAGUGGCUAACCGCUGCAAUGAAACCUAUCAGUGGAAAGGGUGGUGGAGGGAAGAAUGGCAUUGCUCAGGGCCAGGGAAAUGAUGCAACUCAUGCUGUUGAGGCCAUAGGUGUUGCAGAGAAGUUUGCACAGAUGAAGCUGAGCUAAAAAUUAUUUUGAUCGACGAAAUUGCUUGCAUAUUAUCACCUUGUGGUUUUCCUUCAAUUGAAGCCUGGAGGAAUUUUGGUGAGCUCAACUAAUUGAAAGGGAAAUAUAGUAUGUGUUGGCACUAUUUAUUGUCACAAUAUAUAGAAAAUAUUCACUUAAUUUAUUGUUGUACACUAAUUGAUAACUUAAUUGUGUGAUUUGGUGCACAAAACAGUGAAAACUAUGCCUAAAAUCCCCAGAUGAGAAGCCAUGCAUACCAUUGAUCAUUAUUUACCUUUAAGAUUCUUAAAGUAUGAAUUUUGUUAAA